AUUAUUUUCCCAUAACAUUAACACUAUCUCUAAUCAUUCAUUCAACUAACAUCACCAUCUAAAAAUAUCAUUUCUAAGUUAUUAUCAUACCUACCAGUCUACCACUACACAGAGCAAAGUAAAUCCGCCAUGGCAAUAGGCAAGGUCAACUCGCUCUGCUUCGGCCUCGUCUUCUUAUUCUGCUUCGCCGUCUCUUCGAUCUCCGGAUCGGAUCCAGAUUGCGUUUACACGGCGUACGUCCGGACCGGAUCGAUUUUGAAGGCCGGAACGGACUCGAUCAUCACCUUGACUCUCUACGACUCCGACGGUUACGGCGUACGGAUCAACGACCUGGAGGCGUGGGGCGGGCUUAUGGGCGAGGGCUACGACUACUUCGAGAGGGGUAAUCUUGACAUUUUCAGCGGCCGCGGUCCCUGCUUGAGCUCUCCGAUCUGUUACAUGAACCUAACCUCCGAUGGAUCCGGCAAAAAUCACGGCUGGUACUGUAACUACGUCGAGGUCACCGUCACCGGCGUCCAUCAGGCCUGCAGUCAGCAGCUCUUCACCGUCGAGCAGUGGCUCGCCACCGACACGUCGCCGUACACGCUCACUGCUAUCGUGGAUAACUGUUACUCCGUUCGCUCCCGGCUCGCCGCCGGCGACGGUGAGAAGAUUUCUUCCCAAAUAAUCGCUGAGAUUUGAGCGUUGUUGGGCUGUAGAGUGGCCCAUUAUUUAUUGUAUGAGUGUAUCAAUGUGUUCUAUUGCCUACUGGGCUUAUAGAUAGGGCUUGAUAUGGGCCUUGGGAGUAUAUAAGGCCCAAUGUCUUUCCAUAUCUAUAGGUGAUUUGAUAUGGUAAAAUAACGAAUGUCUCCCUGAAUAAGUAUGAGAUUUAUCUUUCACAAA